AUGUCAAGGAAAGAAGAGGAAUUCUGGAGAUUACACAGAGUUUUCUUUCCUGGCUUGCUCUCUGUUAAUACCGGAGUAUUUGGUCUUCUUCUCCUUACAUCAGGAUUAGAGCAAUUUCUCGCAUACAGGGUUGGAAUCAUUUCAGGUAAAUUCUUUAAUGUUCUUGGAAGCAAAAACUUGGAAGAGUUUAAGAGCCUGUGUAUUCUCAGUAUUCUCAUUGUUAUUGGAAUAUCCUUUACCAUUUCCGCCAGAGUUCUCACAACUAAAACCUUACAAGUUGGUUGGAGACAAACAUUGUGCCAGAUGCUUCACCGUCUCUACUUAUCCAACUCCAAUUACUACAGAUUGAAUGUGUUGGAUGGCAGUAUAGACAAUCCUGAUCAGCGAAUUAGUUCGGAUGUUAGUUCAUUAGUUGAGAGUUACAGCAGUAUAAUUUCUUCUCUGGUAGUUACCCCCUUCACAAUAGCUUACUAUACAUGGGACGCCUAUACCAGAGCUGGUUGGAUUGGUCCUACAGGGAUGUAUAUUCUGUUUGUUGUGAGUACUAUUGUGAACAAGUUCCUUAUGAAGCCUGUAGUUCAUAUAACUGUGGAGAGGGAGAGAAGAGAGGGGGACUUCCGGUUCAAACAUGUUCAGGUGCGAUGUAACGCAGAGUCUUUGGCCUUUCAUGGAUCUGCUUCUUCUGAAUUGACUAAGGUUAAUAACAAGUUGUCAGAAGUUUGCGGAGUUCAACAAAAACUGUUCAAUCGAAACUUUAUUAUUGACAUUUCUGUCAAUAUGUUCGCUUAUAUAGGUGCUAUAGCGUCCUACCUAGUGAUCUCAGUGCCUAUUUUUGCAGGAGUUUAUGAUUCAUUAUCAGGUGCCGAGAUAUCUCAGAUGAUUUCUGAGAAUGCAUUUGUGUGUAUAUACCUCGUCUCUCAGCUGACUAAACUGGUCUCCAUCACGGGAACCGUGGCUAGCAUGGCAGGAUCCACACAUAGGGUGUGUGAGUUAGUUGAAAGGCUGGUUAAGUUUGGCAAAGAAGCAGAUUUGUCUCCAUCUACCUGCACUACCACACCACCUUCAUCCGCUCAACCAUUCGAUCCACAAUCUUGCUCAUCCCCUCACCCACCCUCUUCUCCAACAUUUUUGACAGAACAUUCUGAACCAUCUGCUUUAGAAACAGUUUGCAUAGUUGAUACGUCCGAAGAAAUAGGAGACACACAACAAAUCUCGAACUUGAAGGAAACUCUUGAAGACCCUGUAAUAUACAAUGAUCUUGACAGAGGAGAAAUGAAUGAUGUUUUGCUCGAAUUUCUCUGGUUCAGUUUAUUCUCUCCUCGAACUUCUUCCUCUGAACCCGAACUUCUAAUCCGUAAUCUUAAUCUCAAGCUCAUCAAGGGACGUAACCUAUUGAUUAUGGGCCCGAGUUCCUCUGGUAAAUCAAGCUUACUGCGUGCAGUUCGUGGUCUUUGGAAACCAGCCCAAGGAGAAGUAAUCAUUAACAGAGAACUAGAACACAGAUUCUUCUUCCUACCUCAGAAACCAUUCUUUACAAAUGGAACUCUUAGAGAACAGGAAUAUUCUCAAUUCAUCAAAAUUAAUGGGAUACAAAUUAUACAUUUAGGAUUACUGGAUAGAUGUGGUGGGUUGGAUACUGAACCUAAUUGGUCGUGGUAUGAUGUGUUGUCUCCAGGGGAGCAGCAAAGACUUGCCUUUACUCGUCUUCUUUACCAUGAUCCUGCUCUAGCUGUCCUAGAUGAAGCUACGUCAGCUAUUUCUCAGGAUGUUGAAUCCCGGUUGUAUGAUUGCUGUUUAGAAAGAAAAAUAACUCUGCUAAGCGUCGGUCACAGGGAAUCAUUGAAACAAUUCCAUCAUCAAGUUGUCAAUCUGAGUGGAGAAGAUGGAGAAUGGAAAAUGGAAGACAUAGUAUCCGACAAACCUGGAGAUAAGGGGGCUACAAAGCUAAACAGAGUUUGGCCGAGUGCUCCAACAUUGUUGUAAAUUUGAGCUAGAAAAUCCACUAGAUCGACGUGAAGUUUAUUAGAAUUCUAUUAGAAACGUCGGGCAUUUUGUUAUUAAAUUAUAUUUUCUAGUCAUUUACAAUCCAAAGAUAUUUGCAUUGAUAUGAAAAUUUAGUGUUGAGUUGGUAUUACAGAUUAUUUAACUAAAUUGUUCUAUUUCGGCCACUUUUAAAAUACUUAAAAA